AACGCCUGGCGGGGAACUGCCGUGGGAGCCGCUGUGGUCGCUGUCUGCCGGCUGCGCGCGCGCGUGCCUUAGUCCGUGGGCCUGGCCAUGGCGCUGCAGCUCGCUCGGGAGCAGGGCAUCACCCUGCGCGGGAGCGCCGAAAUCGUGGCCGAGUUCUUCUCAUUUGGUAUCAACAGCAUUUUGUAUCAGCGUGGUAUAUAUCCAUCUGAAACCUUUACUCGAGUGCAGAAAUACGGACUCACCUUGCUUAUAACUACUGAUCUCGAGCUCAUAAAAUACCUAAACAAUGUGGUGGAACAAUUAAAAGAUUGGCUAUACAAGUGUUCAGUUCAGAAACUGGUUGUAGUUAUAUCAAAUAUUGAAAGUGGUGAGGUCCUUGAAAGAUGGCAGUUUGAUAUUGAGUGUGACAAGACUGCAAAAGAUGAUAGCACCAAAACUGGUCACGUCUACAGCAGUUGGCAGAGCACUGCAGUCAAAUCCCUGAAGCCUGAGGACUCCUCAGUAGUCAGGGCCACUGACCGGUAUGAUGUCACGGUUCUGAGGCUCAUGCCAUAA